AUGGGAAACUCGAAAUCGGUUCUGUGGAGCCAGAAGCCGCCAUCCCGGCUGUCGGUCAUCAUCCCGACCCUAAACGAGGAGAAAGACAUCGAAGCAACUAUCAGGAGCACAGAGCGGACCGCCGACGCGACGCCCGGACGAGUCGAGGUCAUAGUCGCGGACGGCGGCAGCGUGGACCAGACGGUCGACAUAGCGCGACGGUGCGGGGCCAAGGUCGUCGCGGGAGCGCGCGGGCGUGGUCCGCAGAUGAACGCGGGCGCUCGGCAAGCUACGGGCGAGGUGCUGCUCUUCCUGCACGCAGACACACGUCUCCCGCCCGACUACGACAAAGCGGUCCUCGCGUCCCUCGACGGCCGCGCUCCGGACGGAGCCGCGGGUCCCGCGCGCGGGCACCCGAGCGACGCAACGGACGCCCACGCCGACCAAGCCUCGCGGGCCCGCGCGAGGCCGUGGGGCUACUUCCCCCUGACCAUCGAGGGGGAGUCCUUCGGGCUGCGGAUCGUCGAGGCCGGCGUGCGCGCGCGCAACGCUUUGUUCGCGCUACCGUAUGGAGACCAGGCUAUCUACGUGAAUCGCGAUGUGUUCUGGUCCGUCGGGGGGUUCCGGGAGGUCCCGCUGCUGGAGGACGUGUCGCUGGUGCGCGACCUCAAGAAGAGCGGGUUCCACCCCGUCCGCGCGUCGCUGCCUGUGUCCACGAGCGGGCGCAGGUGGGAGGGCCUCGGGGUGCUGCAGACGACGCUGAUGAACCAGGCGAUCCUCUUGGCCUGGAAGCUUGGGGUUGAUGAGGAGAGACUGGCUACGUGGUACCGCGGCAGGGCGUCCGCGCGCAAGGCCGUCGGCGCGCAGAAGGGCGCGAAGAGCGGCUAG